AACCGUGUGCACCAGUUCAGACAGUGCAGCAAUAAAAAACAGACCUGUUAUAUCAUGGUGGAAUCAAGAAAGGUGCAAUAUACGUUUGUUUCAUUUCAACUUACUGCACUACGUGCAGUUGGUGCAGUAUUCAUUCCAUCACUACAAAUUUUCUGUUUUUCUAAUUCUAUUUUCUGUUUUUGCACUAAACUAUAAGAAACUGUUAGAAUUCUCUUUUUUAUUUUCAACAAAUAUCAAGCAUAUACGUUUCUCUUUAAGUUCCAAAAGUGUACACUGGUUUAGCUAGAAAACUCAGACCUCAGGAAUGUAUUUGGUGCAGUCACUGCACUGUAGUGUGCACUAUAAAGAAAUGACAAUAGCUUUGUCGAUCUGUCACUGUUCGUAAUGAGAAUGGAGAAGGUGCAUUGAUGUAAAGGGAUGUAUGUACACUUGCAUACGUGGAUACACAUUGACAAAGGCUUGCUAAAUAAUUUUAACUUACAGACAAGAAGAAAAUAUGUAAAAUAAAUCAUUCGGAAAAAUAAGUUCUUCAUUGCUGAUUUUCUACUUUUUUUUAUAUCUCCCAGUUAUCUUAUCUGUGUCGCCAGUCGCCGUCAAAGAUAUGAAACUCGAAGGAAGUCACGGCCAGUGUCAUUCCAUAACAAUUUAAUCACCGUGUUGUGUUCUUCUACAGAACGAUAUUGUUGAGACAAAAACUAUGACGAACGAAAUAUCGGUGAACGUUUUGACACUGAAUUGUUGGGGUAUACCAUAUGUGUCAAGAAACAAGAAUGAACGUAUGUCUGCUAUCGCAGAAAAAUGUAUCAGUAGGGAAUACGAUAUAAUCUGUUUGCAAGAAGUUUGGUCUGUCAAUGAUUUUAAUCAGAUAAAAACAAAAGUGCAGGAAGUGCUUCCCCAUUCUCAUUAUUUUCAUAGUGGAGUCUUGGGAUCAGGAAUAUGUAUCUUGUCAAGAUAUCCCAUUCAUGAUGUUAUGUUUCACAAGUGGCCUUUAAAUGGUUAUGUUCAUAAGAUACACCAUGGAGACUGGUUUGGUGGCAAAGGAGUUGGACUGUGCAAAAUAAAAGUGUUUAACAUGUAUAUCAAUGUUUAUAUCACACACUUACACGCGGAAUAUAAUCGUGAGAAUGAUGAGUACAUGGCUCACAGAGUGCUACAAGCAUUUGAUACUGCUCAAUUUGUAAAGAUGACGAGUGGCGGCGUGGAUGCUGUCAUAUUUGCAGGCGAUCUUAAUACAGAGCCACAAGACUUAGCUUAUAGAAUUAUACGUGGUGUUUCUGGUUUAGCAGAUACAUGUCCUGAUAGUCAGAGUCACAUAGGGACCAACGAAUGUGCCAAUAAUAGUUACACCAGUUCAAAACUCGCUCGAACACAGCCAAAUGGAAAGCGUAUAGAUCACAUUAUGUAUUUAGGUUCGAAUACUGUGAAGGUUGAAGUUACAAAUUUUGGACAUCCCUUGCCAAAUCGUGUGCCAUAUAAGAAUUUUAGUUAUUCCGACCAUGAAGCUGUGAUGGCUACACUUAAAUUCAUUAAUGAUAAACAUCAUGCGAAAGAACUAGAUAUUAUCGAUUCCAUGAAAGAAGCAAUAGAAAUUUGCGAAGACGCAUUGAAAAGUGUACAACGCCAACGUUUUUGGUAUACAUUGUCAACCUGCAUGCUAAUCAUUCCAUUAAUUUGGAUCAUCUGGCUAAAUUGCAUGAAUAUAUCUUUAGCUGCAGAUAUUGGUUUGAAUAUAGUAUGUAUUCUUCUGACUGCAUUAUUAUGCUACACUGUAUUUAUGAGUUCACUAUGGAAUUGUGCAGAGAAAAACGCAUUAAGAGCAGGACGUUUAGCUAUAGAAAUUUACAUGACACAUUUGGAUAAUAAUCAAAACUGAAUGUCAAAUUUCUACAAUAAUACAGAUCUAGUAAACUGCCAAUUAACAGUAACAUACAAUCAAUGUUAUAAUUUCACACUCAAUAAUAUAAAUGUAAAAACACAUGUUGUAUAUAACAGUUACAUUAUUAAGUGUAAAAUUAUAAUUGAUUUUAUGUUAUUGUUAGUUGGUGUUUACUGGAUAUUGUAAUACUUCCAAAAGAGAGUUUAACAUAACAAUUGAUAACGCUCAAAUAAAAAUUUCGUUAAAUAAAAAAUAUAUAUUUAAUAUAUAUAUAUAUACACAGAGUGAUUUUAACAUAUUUCGUCAUCCAUCAUGAGCAGGUAGAGAGAAUCGAACUGAGGAAAUAUGU